AAAAUAAAAAAUUCUUUUUAUUUUCCUUUUAUUUUUUUUUUCUUUUCAUUUCUUUUAUAAAAAUGCGAAUAUUACUAGGGAAUUUUUUAUUAAUUUUUGCGAUUAUCUUAUGUUCAUAUACAUUAUAUACAACAGCAGAUAUAAGAGUUCUUUCACAUAAUGAACAAAUUGAUUAUGGACAAACAUUACCUCGUAUAUGGGAUUCAAAAUCAUAUGAUGAUGGUACAAUGGUAGUAAGAAUAGUUAGAAAAAAUGUAACAACAUCAAUUAAUAAUUAUCUUUGUUUUCAUGAAAUGCUUUCAUUAAGAAUUAUUAAUACUGACGGAACAGUGGUGGAAAAAGAUUUAAAAUUAGAUAUUCAACCACUUAAUUAUUGUGCUUUUCAAAUGGUUAGCGGUGGCAUAUGGUUAGAAUAUAUGAAAUAUGUUUUAAUUAGAAAGAAUCAAAUUUUCAUUGCUUAUUAUGAUGCAACGGAUAUUAAUAAUCCUUCUACAUAUGUUGAAUGGGGAAUGGUAAUUGAUUAUGAUGGUAAUGUAUUAAGUCGAACAAAUAUCGGAUUACCAUUUGUUAACAAUACUUUGCAAAUAAUUAUACCAAAUGAUCAAUUUGUACUUAAUAUUAAUAGAGAAAAAGGAUUUAUGAGAUAUGGUACAGGUCAAAAUAAUAAUAUAGAAUGGCAACAAUUUAGAGUUGAACCUGAUGGAUCAAUUACAAAGUUAACUUUUGGAGAACUUGCUAAUGAAGGUGAAGGAAUUAUAUCAGCUAUAGCUAUACGUACAGUUGAUGAAGGUUACGCCAUUGCUUUUGCAAAUACUACAACAGCUUUUAAUGCAACUAAUCCAUUAUUACCGCAAGGUCAAUUAUUCAUUUUACCUAUUGCAUAUGGUCAAAAUCCUGGUAAUCCUUUAUUACUUUAUCAAACUCCUGUUCCAAAUUUAGUUUUUGUUUCCUUAAUUUGUGAUAUCGCAUUUUCUGGAGUUGGUCAAGUUUGUACUUUAACUGCUUUACAAUCGAAUCCUACCGGAAAUUUACCACCUAAUACUUUUUAUAUUAAAAUUAAUUUCUUAUCUUCUGGUUCUGUUACAUCUUUUCGCGUUAUCAAUAGAAUACUUCCUGUCGAAAAUGUAAAUGUGGUCUGGGCAGUAAAUAGUUUAGCUUUUGGUGGUUACCUUUUAACAAAUACUGUUACUGCUCCUACUGGUCCAUCUAUGUAUGGAUAUUUAUUUGAUGAAGAUAAUACUGAUCCUAUUAAUUGGGAAUUUCCUGAACCUCAACCUAUAGGCAUAAAAGGUGUAUAUCAAAUAUUACCAAAUAAUACUCUUUUAGUUUCUCAAGUUGAAAAUUCUAAUUCUUGGCAAUUCCAAGUAAUUGAUUUACCAAAAUUUGAUGGAAAUAGAGAUAAUGGAUAUUUUAAUUUAAAUGUAGAAUCAACUGUUCCUGCAAUUAAAACUACUAUAAAUCCGAAUAUACAAAAUAUUACAAUUAAUUUUUAUGAUCCAGUAGAAUUAUCUAAUGGUUUAUUGUCUAUUUAUCAAUUAAUUGAUAAUAAACCUUAUUUACGUCAAAGCAUUUCUCAAUCAUCAUGUAAAUUGGAAAAUGGUGGUAAAACCGUUAAUGCAAACAUAUUAGGAAGUACUUUUAGUGUAUCUAAUGGAAAUUAUUUUAUUAAGAUGGACAAUGGUUUCGUUGUAGAUAAGUCAUAUAAAGAACCUUUAUUAGGUAUAAGAGAUAAUGUUUGGAAUUUUAAUAUAGAACCAAAAAAAGAUCCUUUUGCUCCUUCGACGACUGGUUUAUUACGUUUGUCCCCUGAGGGUACAAGUUAUUUUGAUAGUUUAUCUCAGGAACAACAAACCAAUUUCUUUAAUACUUUAUUAAACGAUUUAUCUAAUGCUGUUCCCGUACCUCGUCCACGUCUCACUAGUAAUGAAAAAACUCAAUUAGAUCUUACUGUAAAUGAAAAGCAGUAUUUAAUUUCUAUUGGUAUUAAAGAAACUAAUGAUGAAAAUGAUUUAAGUGUUGUGACCGUUGUUAAUAAUAUUAAUACUAUGGUUAAGAAUAAAGCUCAAACUCCAAUUGGUAGUGGUAUGGCAACUCGGUACUUGGAUCAAGUAUAUGGCUUCAAUCCUUCACCGAAUUUGUGGGAAAAAUAUAAGUACAGAUUAUUAGGCGUUUUCUUAAUUAUUGGACUUUUGAUUGUUUUAUUCUUAUUCGCUCAAAGAAGAGAUAGCAAUGGUAAUAACAUUGCUAUUUUACAACUUGGUUUAAUUAUUUUCGAUUUGGUUUUGGAUGUUGCUUUUGUAAGUAGUAACGCCAGAGACGUUCCUGUACUUUAUAUACCAAGUGUCGUGUUUGUAACAUUGCCAAUAGGAUUAAAUACAAUAUUAGCUUUUUAUAUUAUAACACAAGAAAAUACAAGACCAAAAUUUUUUCAAUGGUUCACGGCUCAUGGAAAAGUUGCAAGCGUAUUUACUGUAUUAGCUGGUGCUGAUAUCGAAGCAUUAAAUAUUUUACAUUCAAAUUUAGCCGGUUUUCCAUUUUUCAGAGCUCCUUUUUCCGAUGAAGCUAAAUCAAAAAUAUUUUGGGGUGCUUGUAUAAACAUUUUUAUUGAGGAUGUUCCUCAAGUAAUCAUUCAGAUUUUAUAUAGAAAAUUUACUGUAUCUUACGAUAAUAUUAUUCCCUUACUUACAUUAAUUUCUUCAGCCGUAAAUUUAACAAUAAAUAUAAUAGGUAGAUUAUAUCAAGCAACAAACCGUUUGAGACAUUCAAAUGGUUCACAAGGAUCUAAUGAUGAUGAUACGGAUGAUUUUGGUGGUUUAGUAGCUGCUUCAAGUGAUGCAAGCAGUAAUAAAAAAGAUUUAGAAAGAUUAGAAGAAGGUGAAAAUGUCUCAAGAGAAAUAGGUAAUCCUGAAUCUUCACAAAAUUAUUUGGGCGAUGUACUAAAAUUGGACAAAAAUGAUGAAAAAUUAGGACUUGAUGCCGUAUUAAAUAAAUCUUAUAAUGCUAGUAAUGGUAAUUUAGGUAAUGAUCAAAAUAAGAACAAGGGUAUGACUUUCCUGAAAAGGAUGGUUAGUAGGAAGGAAUAGGAUUUUAUUUAAUUUUAAAUAGUGUAGUGAUAUUAAAAUUAGUAAUAACUAGAAAAAUCAGCUAAUAUAUAUAUAUAUAUAUAUAUUUUU